AUGGAAGCGCAACUGAAACCACUUGUAGCUGAGCGUGGCAUAAUCAAGGCGUCAUUAACCCGCUUCAAACGAUUUUGUAAAGAAUCCGCGACCAAUUCGUCAUUAGCUUCAUGUCGGAAGCGUUUAGAAUCGAGGACCGAAUUAUUAAAAGAAUUCAACGCGGUUCAGAAGAAAAUCGAAUUACUUGUAAUUGACACCGAGUUGGAAGCGGCGCACGAAGGAGAGCGCGAAUCAUUUGAAAAUAUAUAUUUCGAUGUAAUUGGAGAACUGGAGGAAUAUAUUAAAGGGGUAGAGACUCCUCGUGGUGAAGCUUCGCGAUCUCCAGUGAGCCCUGCUCCCAGCUCGGUGACGGAUAAUGCGCAGGGUUCCAUUCGACUACCUGUCAUUAAUCUGCCAACCUUCGAUGGCAAAUUUAGCGAGUGGCUAGAAUUUAGGGAUACAUUCGAUUCGUUGGUACAUCAGAACAACGCGUUGUCUGAUGUACAAAAAUACCACUACCUGAAAUCGGCAGUAAAGGGUUCCGCUGCAAGGGCAGUAAAGGCUUUAAAUAUUUCAGAGGGAAAUUACAAAUUAGCGUGGGAAACUUUGAAGAAUCGGUAUCAAAACCCAUUAGCGUUACGUAAACAUCAUAUGGAUGCGUUUUUGGACCUACCUUCGAUCCAAAAACGAUCCAAGACUGAGUUGCAAAAUUUCAUUGACGAUGCGUCCAAUAAUUUGUCUACUUUGAAGACACUAGGGGAACCAGUCGAAACGUGGGAUUUUAUAAUAGUUUCCCUGCUUGUUCGGAAAUUGGAUGUUGUGACGUCCAGAGAAUGGAGGGACCGGUUGGCCAUAUCCAUUGAACGACUUACGUUUAAGCAUUUUGUAGAAUUCAUUGAAGAGAGGUCAAAAACUCUCGAAGUAAGUGAAAUGCAGGGAACAAUGGAAGGUAACGACUGUCGAGUGAAGGCAGGUAUUCGUGGAGCGGUUCGCUCAACUACGCACGUAAUCAGCACAUCGAUGCAAUGCCCAGCAUGUCAAGACAGUCAUCCAUUGUAUACUUGUAAACCUUUCAAGGAAUUAGAUCAUAAACAAAAACGGCUAAUCAUACAGAAAACGGGUCGGUGUUAUAAUUGUUUGGCUACCGGGCAUAGAGUUCAAAAUUGCACUAGGAAGCGAUGCCAGAUUUGCGAUAAGUUACAUCACACAUUGCUGCAUAUUGCGGGUCCGUCGGCAGAAGCAUCAUCGGCUAAGGGGGUCGAAACUCCGGACUCCAGUAAUGCAUUGAUGGUAUCAGGGUGUGGACCUUUAUCCGCCGCGAACGUGGCUAAUAGGUCCGCGGAAUACACUGUACUAUCCACAGCCGUAGUGUACGUAGAAGACAACCAAGGGAUAAAACGCGAGUGUCGUGUUCUGUUAGAUUCGGGAUCGCAGGUACAUCUAAUUUCGAGAGAAUAUUGCCAGGAGGUUGGUGCACGGGAAACGCCGAUAGAAACAAGGGUUUCAGGUUUAGGGAAGGCAAUAAAUUCUAUUAAGGGCCGAGUAGGAUUGAGAAUCUUUUCAAGGGUGAAUAAUUUUCAAGCAAGGAUUGAAUGUUUGUCAAUCGAGACCAUCACAUCCGAUCAGCCAAACAUUCCGUUAGAUCAAUCGCGAAUUCCUAUGCCACCUAAUGGCGCACUGGCAGAUCCAGCCUUUGCAGAUUGUCGGAAAAUAGAUUUACUCAUAGGCGCGGGUCUAUUUUGGAGAUUAUUGUGCAUAGGUCAACAACAAGCAGGUAGGGAGUUGGUGUGGCAGAAGACCCAACUUGGGUGGGUGCUCGGAGGUAAAUUAACCUGGCCACAAGGUCAUCAGGAAACAGUCAGUAAUUGUUGCGUGGUGACUAACUCACAAUUACACAAUCAAUUAGAGCGGUUCUGGAGAAUAGAAGAAGUCAGCGACAUUCAGAAUGUAGGCUCAGACGCGUGCGAGCAUUAUUUUCAGACUACAACGACGCGUCACACGGAUGAUCGAUAUAUAGUCAGAAUUCCGUUUAAGGAAAAUAUCAUACAGCUAGGGUAUUCGAGGGAUCAGGCUGAGCGUAGAUUGCGGUCAUUAGAAAGGAAGCUUGGGAAACAGCCUGACUUGCGGGCACAGUACAUCGAGAUUGUACGAAUUUCGCACUUCAAACUUACGACCACCUCAGUCGAUAACUCGGGUCGAUAA